AUGUUCGCUAGAAUAGCAUUAAGAAGGCUCAGCCCUUCGUGUCGUAUCCUCGCCCAACCAUCCUCCAAAAUCCUUCCAUCCAUAAUCACAUCCGUCCCCACCCCUUCCCCAGUGAGAUCAUUCCAUUCCACCUCCCCAUCAUUAGCGAAAAAGUCCAAAAACAAAAAGAACCAGCCAAUUGAAGAAGAAGAAGAAGAAGUAACCGAAGACAUUCCGGUCACUAUAGAUUUCGAUGCCGUCACUUCAAAAUUCGAAAAAACACUCGAAAAAUUCUCAAAAUCCGCUACGGAACUCAAACUAGGCAAAGCCAACCCAAAGAUCUUCGACAACCUCCCAGUGGAAACCGCAGAUGGAGAAGUCCCAUUCAAUACCAUUGCGCAAACUAGUGUCAAGGGGAGACAUUUCGUGAUUACAUUAUUUGACCCAGCAAAUGGAAAACAUGUGAUCAAUGCCAUUUUGGCUUCUGAUUUGAAUAUGAGUGGUCAGAUUGAUCCUGCUAAUAAGUUCGCCAUUAAGGUGCCGUUACCUUCCUUAACAACUGAGACUAAGAAAGAAAGCGCAAAGGCUUUGAAGGAAGUGUUUGAGAAAUAUAAGCAUGGAAAAGGUCUGGAUUCAUUGGCAUCGGUAAGAACUCAUUUUAGACAUAAGUUUACUAAACAUUUAAAGAAGCAAAAGCUUAGUGAUGCUGAGAAUAAGUUAUUGAAGGAACUUGAGGAUUUACAUAAGAAGUAUGGUGAUAAAUUGGCUGAUGCUUUUAAAUCUGCUGAAACCGCAAUUCUUAAAUAG